CGCCGAUCCCGCCGGGGAAGUCGGCUCCCCUCCCGUUCCCCCGCGGCCGGGAGCCGAGGCCCUCCUUCCCCUCUCUUCCCUCGCUGUCCUCCGGCAGGCUGAGGGGACAGGGGAGCCCGGUCCGUCCCGCGGCGGAGGGGCUGCGCGGGCGGCGGAGCCCCCUUGUCCCCGCUCCCCUCCCCGUGCUUUUCCACCGCGGGGAGAGAGCUUCCAUGUCCUAAGCCGUGCCCUGGCAGGAAGCGGGAUCCCCCUGCCCUCACCCCUGCCCUUUGCUCCGCCGAGCGGAGGGUGGUUGGGGCCGGACCUUCCGCGAGCCCUCGGGCCUGUGAAGCUCCGGGCAUGGCCGUCGGUGGGGUCGGGAGCUCCCUGCUGCUGAUGUCCGGCGUCGUGGUGACCGUGGGGCUGAGCCGGAGGCUGGCCCGGCGCCGGCUGCGCUCCCGCCCGCUCCUCUUCGCUUUCCUUGUGGAGAUGUUCAGCACCUUCCAGAUUUGCGCCUGCACGAACGAGCUCAGCCUGCUCGGCAACGUGGAGCCGAAGCCGCACACCGCCCUGACCCUCACCUACGGCUUCACCGUCCUGCACGGCCUGACGCUGGCCGGCAGCGCCUGCAAUCCCUGCGGGACCCUGCAGCCCAUGUGGGGCGGCGGGACAUCGCUCAGCAUGGGGGCACUCAAGAUCGCCGCCCAGUUCGUGGCUGCCGUGCUCGCCAGAGCGUUCAUGCACUUUAUCUGGAGUCUGGAGAUGACAGAGCCGCAUCUUGGAGCACUCUCGCAAGGCUGCAGCAGCCCCCUGCAGACUACGGAGAUGCAGGCGUUCUGCAUAGAACUGCUCUUUUCUGUCGUUUUCCAGCUGGCCGUCCUGCGAGCCGAAAGUGUUAAUCCCAAAUACAGGGUCCAUUUGAUUGCUCUUCUCAUCACCAUGCUCGUGUAUGCAGGUGGAAAUCUCACAGGAGCAAUAUUUAACCCUGCACUGGCUUUUUCAUUACAUGCAGAUUGUUUCUAUGACAAAUUUUUGAGUUACUCGCUAGUAUAUUGGAUAGCACCAUGCUUAGGUACAAUACUUGUGGCUUUUAUAUGGGAUGAAAUCUUUCCUCGGAUAUCUUGAGACAUCCUGAAAUUGGGAGCACUACAUUAAAAAAUAUUUUCAACAUCUGCAGACAUAAAGCCUUCAGAGAACUGUUGACAGACUUCCGUGCCAUCUUUAUGCUGUAUUUUCAGAUUUCAUAUUUGAAAUAUUCGACUUACCACUUUCUAUUCAAAUAAUAAUUUUGUAAAUGCACAUUGGGAUUUUGGCAAUAUCUGCCACCGUUUUCAGUUAAGCCAUAUGAAUGUGAAAGACUGUUAAAACACAAACUUUGUCACUUUAGCCAUUAAGUGCCAUUUGCUGACCUUUAUUAGCAUGCAAAACUAAUUUUAGAGAAAUAACCCAUCCUUUCAAGGUUUGAUUUUAUUGGAUUUCUUCCCAUUGAAGGCACCUGCAAAAAGGGAGCUGAAGAUUUCUCAUACUGACAUCAUCAUGUUCCUACUUGCCAUAUACCUACCUCUGAGAGGAAGAAAACAUACGCUACUCCUAGAAGGGUCUCCACAGCUCUGUUGUAGAGGCCCGCUACAUCAAAAUUAAAGGUCUGUGUGACCAACAUUGUUUUAAUAAUACCUGAGUGCAGGGAAGUAACCUCUCGCUUCCUUCCAGGAAGGCUCUGUCCCAUUGAGAUUGUUGAGUGUAUACCUUGGUUGGAAAAAGCAGUAAUAAAAUACCAUAAAAUUC